AUGGAGGAAGAAAACAGCGGGCCGGGAACACCCUCUAAACAGCUGAAGGAUAAAUAUGUUGUUGUCUGUGAGAGAACGCUGCCCAUCCUGCAGGCUCUUCUGUCCAACGAGUCUUUCAAAACCAUUUAUGAGGAAAACCAGCAGAAGAAUUUGCUCAUUUAUAGAGAGGACAGUGCUGUGACCCUCGACUUUCCCUGCUGUCUGAUCAGGAAAGAUGAGAUUCUGGACAUUAUGUUUAAGUCAGGAGGGGACAGUGGUACAAAUCAGGAGACGCAACAAGCUCCACCUUAUACCACACCCGACAGCUUGGUUUGCUUCUACAUCGAUAGAAGGGGGGGUGAAAACAUUCAUAAAGUGUUGAAAGAUGCUCAGUGUUCAGAGAAAAAUGUUUGUGUGUAUGCAUUCAAACAAGAACCAAUUAGAAAAGCACUUGAACGUGAUGGUCGAUUUGAAGAUGCUGUUUUGCAGAAGGGAAUGCUCUUUAAUCAGAAAGAAAAAAUAAACAUUAGUUUGUCUAAUCCCGUUGACAAUUUAAAUGAAAAGCUGUUCACAGUUAUUGUUGAUCCACACAAGCCAAAGCAAAAAUCUGAGAUGAAACAAAUAAAAAAAAAACUUUCUAAUAUAAAAAAAAUCCCCAACACAGAAGAGGUUCUGAAGCUGCUGCGAGAUCAGUUCAGUGGUUUGUUGGAAACACUGAAAAACCGAGAGAAACUGACAGACACGGCUGAAGUGAGGGAGUUCCUGAGGCAGGAGUACAGUAAAAGUGUCAGCAACAUCUUGGAGGUAAAGAGGGUAAAACAGUUGAUGGAACAUUCCAAAUCUGUCUGCCAGAUCCGAGUGGAUGGUUCUGCAGUAGGAAGUGGCUUUUUGCUAUUUGACUUGUUUGUUCUCACCAACUAUCAUGUUAUUAGAGAUGAAUUUCAGCAAGAGACAGGCCAACCGAUCAGAAAAAUUACUGCUGUCUUUAACUAUGAAGAUUUAGAUAAUGACGGUACAGAAACAGUUCCAGUGAAGCAAAUUGUUGCACAUUCUUUUGGAGAUGAUGAUUUUAAAAAUCAUCUGGAUUUUGCUCUGUUGGAACUGGAACCUUGUGGAAAACUUCAUCAUCCUGGAUUGCUCAGCCACUACUGCAGUUCAGUAGCUGGGGGCAGAAUGUGCAUUAUUGGACACCCAGAUGGAAAAAUAAAGCUACUAGACCCCUGUGUCAUCAUUCCAAAAGAAAACAUAGAAAAGGAGGCAAACAAACACUGUGCUGAGAACAGCCAUUUUGUUCUUGUCAUAAAUGAAACGUAUUUCAAAGAAGGAUGGAAAAUCCGUCCAAACCAGAUCACUUAUCAUUCCUGUUUCUGUCAUGGAUCAUCUGGUUCUCCAGUGUUUGAUGAGCACUGCAAACUGAUUGCCAUGCACACUGGGGGGUAUGUUUACCCUACAGAAAGAGGGAAAUCUAACAGUAUUAUGGAAUACGCUUUUCACUUACAUCCCAUACUGGUUUACAUCCUGUUACAGUGCUGGAAACAGAACAGAACCGAUAUAAUUAAUCGCUUCUCCGACAUUUCCCAAAACUCACAACCUUUACUACAAGUGUAUAAAGAGGCAGAAAACCUCCACCAACAACUCCUGAGUGGAGAACUGCAGGACAGUAAAACUGUUCAACACAUUCAGCAUAACACUUCACCACAGUAAAAACUGUACAAACUCAGAUUCAGCUCCAAAAAUAUCUCACAUCACCAUGUUUAAAGCUGCAGAAAAAUCAGUCCAGGAGUUUAUAAGGGCCAUAACAAACCAUAACUAACUGAGCUUUUCAUUUUUUCAUUUUUAAACACGGUAUAUUAUUUACAAGGUUUUACAUUAUUUCUUGUAGUUUUAUGGGUUCUUUGUAACUUUGUUUUAUUUUGGCAUUAUGUUGGGAUUGUUAUGUUGGGAUUGUUAUGUUGGGAUUGUUAUGUUGGGAUUGUUAUGUUUGGAUUGAUAUGCUGGAAUUGUUUUUGUACUUUUGGGUGAAAAUGUAAAAAUCAUGAGAAUUUUAGAAGGUUUUACACUUUGGA